UGACAAGUGAAGAAGAGAAAAUAUACAUUUUUAGCAUACUCGCAAAUAACUUAACCGCUUUAUUGUCAAAACAAUAUCUGCAGAUAAUAAUUUGUUUUUGUGUAACUGCUACGUUCAUAUUUAAUUUUCUUAGUUUAUUUAUGUGCUUAUUCUUAUUGCUUCAAUAAGAUUGGCAACAGUAGCAGAUCAUCUGAUUUGAUUGGCAAUGUUUUUUCUGCAAAUUGUUUGGAGUUCUUGCAAUUCGUCACUUGAUGCGUAAAUAAGCAUUUUCAAUACAAGCAUCAUCAAAUCUUCCCCUUAAAAUGGAGGUCGAUGAGAAUAACAACGACGAGAAUGUUGUAAAUUAUAAUAAACUUAUAUACAUUCUGCCUUUGGACUACAAAUACGAGGUGCAGAAAUGCAUCUGUGAGCGACCCCAAAAGGUCUUCGAAUGUGGAAAUUGUCAUCAUUAUUUUCGUGGCAGGAUUCGAUUGCAAUGCAAAGUGCAUCCUCAGGAUGUAUUCCUAAUGGAUUUUCAGACGUGUCCUUACUGCUUUGCACCCGCUGGGAAUGCAAAGGAAUCUGAGUUGACUUGGUCCCAAAUCCGUAAAAUGGAAGAAGCCAAGUUGCCAAAUGACAGCGACGAUUUCUAACCCGAAUUGGAGUUUAAUUAGUUUUUUUGUGGUACAUUUUGCAAAUGUAUAUUCGUUCUCAUAAAUGUUAAACUAAUAAUUGUUGUACCUUAAACGCUAUGAUAGUAAAUCUUCGACUUUAA